AUGGCAGGCCUACUCCAGUUGAUCAGGCCCCAGGGACUCUGUCCCUCAUUAUUCAGGAAGCCUGUUCAAGGUAAACCGAAUAUGUCACCAGCUUCUCUCGAUUGCCAUAUUGGUACAUCUCCAAUCGUCAUUCGUCAUGACAGCAACAAUGACGACGAUUCCAUCAUUUCGGGAUCUUUGAUACUCGAAGUUACCGAAGACUCGAUCGAAGUAGAGAGCCUCUAUGCCCUAAUACGAGUCCACACCGUCAAUAAAAAGCCGUUCAAGAAAGGCUGCGAAGGUUGCAAACACCAUUUCACAAAGCUGAAGCGUUGCGAAAUCAUCACAACGUCAAUCACUUUAAACGAGGGCAGUUACACGUACAACUUGUCAUAUCGGGUACCCAGCUACCUGCCUCCGUCUAUGGAUACACCGAUUGUCUCUGUCACCUAUGAGUUUGAGGCGCUAGCGUCUGUUCGAAGAGCUAGGCGGUUAUCAACCAUGUCUCACACCAUUACAUUACAUCGUGCUCUCCCCGUCGUACGAUCGAUACCUAUCUCGAAUACUCAAACAUACUCAAAUCGGAUCUAUCAAACGACAGGAAUAGAAGUGGCAUGUGUGUUUGACGCAGUCAUGAAUCCCAAGUCUAAGAACCGAGCCACACUUACUAUGAGCGGGCUUCGAAGCAGUCCUGGCAACGGCGAAGAGGUUCAUCUCUGGCGCGUAUGUAGUGGAUCUUGGAUAUUAGAAGAGACCAUCAAAAGCACAACAUCAGCGUGUCCUGCUCAUUGUCGUCAGAAUAAGGGAGAUAGCGCUCAAGAGCGAAAGAAGCGGACGAUACUCGGAGACUCGACAUUUUACAAUGGGUGGACAACCGACGACAAUGCAGGGACCCUGAGCAUGGAUUUCCAUUUUUCCAGAAGACAAAGUCUAAACCACUACACACAAGAUACAGGCGACGUAGGUGACACUUCGGCCUCGCAUGCUUUAGUACUGGAGAUACAGAUGAUGAAAGAGAUAUACCCCAAAGGAAGCCCGGACCUAGUGACAAGAACAGGGGUCGGAAGGAUACUUCGCUCUGAGCACCGUGUUGUUCUGAGUGACUACACAACACUGUCACGCCAAACGGUCGGAGAAAGCCUGCCUCUCUAUCAGGAUGUGUGCACAGGACCUCCUGUAUACGAGGAAUUAUGA